AUGAGCACAAAGGCCCCGAAGUUGUUCAACAAAUGGUCGUUUGAGAAUCUCCAGACGACGGAGAUUGCUCUUAGCGACCACAUUUCGAAGACUGCAACGUAUGUGCCGCACUCCGCAGGCCGCUGGCAGAAAAAGCGUUUUCGCAAAGCCCGCAUCCCUAUUGUGGAACGCCUGACAAACGGCCUAAUGUUUAAGGGUCGCGGCAACGGCAAGAAGCUCCAGGCCGUGCGCCUUGUAAAGCACACACUUGAGAUCAUCCACUUGCUGACUGACCAGAACCCCCUCCAGGUGGUGAUUGAUGCCGUGUCGAAGGGUGCGCCUCGUGAGGACUCGACUCGUGUUGGUUCCGGCGGUGUGGUGCGUCGCCAGGCCGUUGACGUGUCGCCAAUGCGUCGUGUGAACGAGGCGAUCUACCUCAUGUGCAAGGGUGCUCGCGAGGCCGCGUUUCGCAACCUCAAGACGCUUCCUGAGUGCCUUGCCGACGAGAUUGUGAACGCAUCGAAGGGAAGCUCUAACUCCUACGCCAUCAAGAAGAAGGAUGAGGUGGAGCGUGUUGCCAAGGCCAACCGGUAA